GCGAGUAGGAGACAUCGAAGGCAGCUGCAGUCUUUCUUUAACCCCACCCACAGGCGCAUUUCUCAACACUGCGCUCCUCUACCUGUCGAGGGGAAAUCAAAUCUGUGCGUCAAAAGACUAAAACGCCAUUAAAACUGCGAGAAAUCACCGGACACACAUUCACUCACGUGCCUUUUUAACUAAUCAUGGACUAAUGCUUCUUUAGGUUUAAAGAUAAACUACCACCAGCAACAGAAGAUUUCCAGAGAAAAGGGAUUUUGACGGCCAGCCAAAGACAUGGACUGGAAGACCUUCCAGGCCCUGCUCAGUGGGGUGAACAAAUACUCGACGGCGUUUGGGCGGGUAUGGCUGUCUGUGGUGUUUGUGUUCAGGGUGAUGGUGUACGUGGUGGCAGCGGAGAGAGUGUGGGGCGACGAGCAGAAGGACUUUGACUGUAAUACCAAGCAGCCCGGCUGCGCCAACGUCUGCUAUGACCACUUCUUCCCCAUCUCCCACAUCCGCCUAUGGGCCCUGCAGCUCAUCUUCGUCACGUGCCCUUCCUUCAUGGUGGUCAUGCAUGUGGCUUACCGUGACGACCGUGAGCGCAAGCACAGGGCCAAGCAUGGUGAAGACACCAAGUUGUACAACAACACGGGCAAGAAACAUGGCGGCUUGUGGUGGACCUACCUGGUCAGCCUCUUCGUAAAGACAGGCAUCGAGGUCUCCUUCCUCUACAUCCUCCACAGGGUGUACGACAGCUUCUACCUUCCAAGGCUGGUCAAGUGUGAGGUGGAGCCUUGCCCCAACCAGGUGGACUGCUACAUCGGCCACCCCACCGAAAAGAAGGUCUUCACCUACUUCAUGGUCGGAGCGUCGGCCCUCUGCAUCAUCCUCAACAUCUGCGAGAUCAUUUAUCUCAUCGCCAAGCGCAUUGCACGAAUCGCAAACAAGCUCAAGAGGCGCAAUCGCAACACGGCCGUGCAUCAUGAAGACUACAGCGACGACCCCUUCAACAACUUCAACCAGCCAGUGUCGAGGCUGGACAUGAAGGAAAAGCCUCCAUACUUCAAGUCUUCGUACAGACCUUCAGCACUCAAGCUUGAAGAGAAGAUACGGGCCUCUGCUCCGAACCUGUCCACUACCAAAUGAUAAAAGCUGUAAUGAGGGCAAAUAUCAAGAUCUCAGCAGCGCUUGGGCUAUAACCCAAUGACAAACCUAAAAAAAAACAGACUCAGAGCUAUGAGCCAAACUGCAGUAUGUUUGAGACCCAGGAAGCUGAGUCAUCAUCAGUUCUGGAUUCAUCAUGCGGGCCCCUGUGUCCACAUCUAAGACUCUUUUGGAACGCAUCAACUUUGGUUUCCAAGCCAACAUCCAUAAUAUUUACAUGUCAGGUACAGCCAAAUUGAUUUGGUAAUGAUAUGUGAAGUUCCUUUUUGAAUACAAUAAAGGUCUGUGUGUCUUCACCACUUCACCCUGUUAGAACAUUCCAGUGAAGUUUCACUCAGUCUUUCCUGUGAUUGGAGUUUUGACACAGGGAAGGAAAUGAGUCACUCAGCUGCACACAAGGAGGAGGCAGGACACACCUGGCAGAGGUAUUCUCCCACCCUGCCAGUGUCAGGGUGUACAGUGGUGUGUCAGGGUGCUCUGUGGUCCUUGAGUGUAAUGUGUACAUUCCAGUGAUCUCUUGUUAUCAUGGCUUCAUAUCACAGUUGCCCUGAUGAUCUCAAGUUUGUAAGAACAGUAAAAAAUUCUACAUUGGAGUGUAGAUGCUCCCAAAGUCAUAGAGUUAUGGCUGAAGAAUACUUGAAAGUGUGCAAACUGGCCCAAAAUGACUUUGUUAUUGCAUUUACUCUCUUUGAUAAAUAAAAGGCAUGGAUGAUUAGUAUAUUUUGUUAUCUCAGCAGGCAUAUGCUUGCUCUCAGGUUUAUGCCGCACAGCCAAACGUUGUAUAAAGACUGCCUGUGCUUUGACAUGCUGGUAUACAACCUCGCCUGAUGCAAGACCACUGUUGAUUUAAAUAAGGCGACAGGAAUGCUGCUGUUUAAUUCUGUGUUGGUAGAACUGGAACACAGUGGAGAACAAACAGAGGGUUCAUUGAACUAUUAUGCAGUUUUGUGAGUCGUCCACUGUUCAUCAUCAGAUGAAAAUGUAUUUUCUGCACUCGUUGUGACAAAUGUUUUUAUACAAUUAUAUAAAUUAAAUUAAAGUUUAUUG